AUGAUAAUAAUAAUUGUCAUAUUGCUUCUUCUUUUAUAUCACAUAUGGAACAAGAACAAAAAUUACAUCAUCAACUUUUACUACAUCAAUUCAUUCAUAUGUUUUAACAAAACCAAGAAGAUAAGUGACGUGAAGAAGGAAAUGGGAGAUUACCAAAAGUAUUAUAGUGACAGCUACUGA